AUGUUGUUCAACCGGGCAGGACGGGUGCUCAAGGACAGUACACAUUUUGUCUACGCAGAAAUGACCUUGCCAUCAGUGCGUGAGUUACCUAAUUUAGGUAAACUGGAGGCACUACACCUGUCGGGGAACCCGCUCAUGGAAUGGCCCACCCCCAUACACCGGUGUGGGAACCUUAAACAUCUCGACCUGAGUCGGUGUAGGAUCUCUGAGUUGUAUGACGAUGACGAUGACAAUGACGAUGACGAUGACGAUGACAAUGACGAUGACGAUGACGAUGACGAUGGCGAUGACGAUGCCGAUUACGAUUACGAUUAUUACGAUGGCGAUGGCGAUGGCGAUGACGAUGACGAUUACUAUGGCGAUGACGAUGACUAA